CUGCUUCACGGCUUGUCGAGCGUCUGCGCCGCUUCUCCCUCUUCCCAUCCGCUGCGGCUGGGCCAGCGGAGGCCUUCCGGAGCCAUGGAGGACGAGGUGGUUCGCAUUGCCAAGAAGAUGGACAAGAUGGUGCAGAAGAAGAACGCGGCUGGCGCAUUGGAUUUGCUGAAAGAGCUUAAGAAUAUUCCCAUGACUCUGGAAUUGUUACAGUCCAUGAGAAUCGGAAUGUCUGUCGACGCUAUUCGCAAGCAGAGUACAGAUGAUGAAGUCACAUCUCUAGCCAAAUCACUCAUCAAAUCCUGGAAAAAACGAUUAGAUGGUCCAUCAACUGAUAAAGACCCUGAAGAAAAGAAAAAAGAACCUACAAUUUCAUCACAGAAUAGCCCUGAAGCAAGAGAAGAAAGUAGUUCCAGCAGCAAUGUAAGCAGCAGAAAGGAUGAGACAAACGCUCGAGACACUUACGUUUCAUCUUUUCCUCGGGCACCAAGCACUUCUGAUUCUGUGCGGUUGAAAUGCAGAGAGAUGCUUGCUGCAGCUCUCCGGACAGGAGAUGACUACGUUGCUAUUGGAGCCGAUGAGGAAGAACUGGGAUCCCAGAUUGAAGAAGCUAUAUAUCAAGAAAUAAGGAAUACAGACAUGAAAUACAAAAACAGAGUACGGAGUAGGAUAUCAAAUCUUAAAGAUGCAAAGAAUCCAAAUUUAAGGAAAAAUGUGCUGUGUGGGAAUAUUCCUCCUGACCUGUUUGCUAGAAUGACAGCAGAGGAAAUGGCUAGUGAUGAGCUCAAAGAAAUGAGGAAAAACCUGACUAAGGAAGCUAUCAGAGAGCAUCAGAUGGUCAAGACAGGUGGGACCCAGACUGACUUGUUCACGUGUGGCAAAUGUAAAAAGAAGAACUGCACUUACACACAGGUGCAAACUCGUAGUGCUGAUGAACCAAUGACAACAUUUGUCGUAUGUAAUGAAAGUGGAAAUCGGUGGAAGUUCUGUUGAGUUGGAAGAAUCGGCAAGGUAUCUGGACCAUUAAGAAAAAUGGAUUUUGUAAUUAGCUUUAAAUUUAGGCCAGGCAACUUAUUUCUCUGCAAAUGAUAUUUGUAAACAGUACACAUCCCAUGGAUUGGUUUUUGUUUC